GCCACAGGUGACUCGGGGCCGGGGGCCGCUCGGUCGCCGCCGCGCCCAGGCUGCCUGCGCGAAGCCCGGCUUGAGCGAUUCCGCCGUGCCUGUGCGACAGGGAACGCCGGGGACAUGGCAUCGCUCCGGCUCCUUCUCCUCCUGCUCCUGGCCCAACGCGGGCUCGGAGCCGCGGCCGGCCGAGGGCGGGCGCCGGGAGUCAGGCAGCCCAUCUACAACCACAUCAAGAGCCGCGAUCCGCCCCCGGCCCCGCGGAGCCGCUCUCCGGAGAGCACCAUCUUGGCGCAGCGGCUCGCCGAGGAGGUGCCCCAGGACGUGGCCUCGUUCCUCUACACCGGCGAUUCUCGGGAGCUGCGGAGGGCCAACUGCUCCGGGCGCUACGAGCUGGCCAGUCUGGCCGGCAAGUCGCGCUUCGUCUCGCACCCGUCCCUGCACGGCGCCCUGGACACCCUCACGCACGCCACCAACUUCCUCAACAUGAUCCUGCAGAGCAAUAAGUCGCGGGAACAGAACUUGCAGGAGGACCUGGAGUGGUACCGGGCGCUGAUCAGGAGCCUCCUGGAAGGGGAUCCCAACAUCUCCAGGGCAGCCAUCACCUUCAGCACGGAGCCCUUCUCUGCCCCCCAGGUAUUCCUCCAGGCCAGCAGGCACGAGAACCAGAUCCACCUGCAGGACCUGUCCUCCUCCGCUCACCGCCUGGCAAACGGAUCCCUGGAGACAGAGUGGUUCCAGGGCCUGAAGCGCAAGUGGAGGCCGCAUCAGCACAGGAAGGUCUUGAACACGGGCUCCAAAACUUUGGAGAACAGCUGGAAGAGGCGAGAGGGCUUCACAGCUGAUAAGAACCACAUCAGAUGGUCCUCUCCUUAUCUGGAGUGUGAGAACGGGAAUUACAAACCCGGCUGGCUGGUGACUCUCUCAGCAGCUUUCUAUGGACUGCAACCAAACCUCGUCCCCGAAUUCAGAGGUGUUGUUAAAGUCGACAUAAAUCUGCAGAAGGUGGAUAUCGACCAGUGCUCGAGUGAGGGGUGGUUCUCAGGAACACACAGGUGUCAUCUCAACAACUCUGAGUGCUUGCCAAUUAAAGGUCUUGGAUUUGUGCUUGGAGCCUACAAAUGUAUUUGCAAGGAGGGAUUCUAUCACCCCAACAUCUUUUCAGUGAACAGCUUUCAGAGAAAGGAUGCAGACAAUCGCUUUUCUGGAGGGGACUUGUCAGAGGAAGUCUACACCUGCCUGCCCUGCAGGGAAGGAUGUUCUAAUUGUAAAGAUGAUACUCCCUGCUAUGCACAGGAGGACAAGUAUUUACGGCUUGCUAUCAUCUCAUUCCAAACACUCUGUAUGCUGCUGGACUUCAUAAGCAUGCUGGUAGUCUACCAUUUUCGCAAAGCAAAGAGUAUAAGAGCUUCAGGUCUGGUGCUGUUGGAAACCAUUCUUUUUGGAUCACUUCUUCUAUACUUUCCGGUUGUCAUUUUGUAUUUUGAGCCAAGUGUAUUUCGCUGUGUUCUCCUAAGAUGGGUUCGUCUUCUGGGCUUUGCUACAGUUUAUGGAACUGUGACGCUCAAGCUGCACAGGGUUUUGAAGGUAUUCCUGUCCAGAACUGCUCAGCGUAUUCCAUAUAUGACAGGUGGGCGAGUGAUGAGGAUGCUGGCUGUAAUUCUCCUGGUAGUGUUUUGGUUUCUUGUUGGCUGGACUUCUGCAAUAACCCAAAAUUUGGAGAGAAACAUUCCUCUAAUUGGCCAAGGGCAAACAUCUGACCACCUGAUCUUCAAUAUGUGCCUCAUGGACCGUUGGGAUUACAUGAUGGCUGUUGCUGAAUUUUUGUUCCUCUUGUGGGGUGUUUAUCUCUGCUAUGCAGUGCGGACAGUCCCAUCAGCAUUUCAUGAGCCGCGUUAUAUGGCUGUUGCAGUUCACAAUGAGCUCAUUAUCUCUGCUAUAUUCCAUACAAUUAGAUUCAUUCUUGCUUCAAGACUUCAGUCUGACUGGAUGCUGAUGCUGUUCUUUGCACACACGCACUUGACUGUGACAGUCACUGUUGGGCUACUACUGAUCCCUAAGUUUUCACAUUCAAGCAAUAACCCAAGAGAUGAUAUAGCUACAGAAGCAUAUGAAGAUGAACUUGAUAUGGGCCGAUCUGGAUCCUAUCUGAACAGCAGUAUCAAUUCAGCAUGGAGCGAGCAUAGUUUGGAUCCUGAAGAUAUUCGGGAUGAGUUGAAGAAACUGUAUGCCCAGCUUGAAAUCUAUAAAAGGAAAAAGAUGAUUGCUAAUAACCCGCAUCUCCAGAAAAAAAGGUGCUCUAAAAAGGGCUUGGGGCGCUCGAUAAUGAGGCGUAUUACAGAAAUCCCAGAGACAGUCACUAGGCAGUGCUCCAGGGACGAGAAGGACCUGAUGGAGCACAAUGCUGUGAAAAGCACGGCUACGCUGAAAAAACCCCCACAAGAUUCCACAAGUUCUGCAAAGCCAAAAGAAGAGACCUUGAAAAACAGAGUCUUCUCAUUAAAGAAGUCCCACAGCACUUACGAUCACGUCAGGGAUCAAACAGGAGAGUCUAAUAGCGUAACUGCAGAAAGCACAGAAGUUACAGCUGCUGAGAAUUCAAUUCUGGAUUCCUUCACUGGUAACAGUUUAACCAAAAAAGCUGAAAAAGGUGAAGCUGUGUCCACUGAAUCGGUCCCUUUGGUGUGCAAAUCACUAAGUGCGCAUAACUUAAGUGCAGAUAAGAAGCCUCUGCAUCCAAGAACAUCUGUGUUACAGAAAUCCCUCAGUGUUAUUGCUAGUGCCAAGGAAAAGACUCUGGGACUUACGGGUAAAACACAAAGUCUAGAAGAAAGCGCUAAAUCUCAGAAAUCUCAGCAGAAAGGGAAGGAAGGCAGCAAAAAGCAUUCGGCCACCGAUAAAGGGGAGCACAAGGAUUCUCACCGGAAGAACUCUACUCAGUCUGAGGAGACAAAGAAAACCCAUAAGUCUGGCAUUAUGAAGCAGCAAAGGGUUAGUCAAACACCUGCAAAUCCAGACACAGGCCCAGGUAAGACUCUGCACAAGGACACUUUCGAUAUAGGAGAAAUUUGUCCUUGGGAGAUAUAUGACCAAACUCCUGGUCCUGUGCCUUCUGACUCUAAGAUUCAAAAACAUGUGUCAAUUGCUUCCUCAGAAGCAGAGAAAAAUCACCCUUCCCAGCCAAAGGGGAAAUCUCAUCAUAAGCAGAAGAUGCCUGAGGGCUCUCAACAGUCGAAUCAGCAGAGCCCACAGAAGUUGGAGGCGGGCACUCGGGAGGUGCAAGAGCAGCACGUUUUUGAAAGUGAUAAAAAACAGUUGAGUUCCAAAUCUCAGGGCUCCCCUGGGCUGAAUCGCGAGAACGUUAACAGAUAUGCACCAAAUGUUUGUGGGGGGGAGCACGAGGAGCUGCCCCAGAAAGCAGCAGAAAACGUCAAUAAAUUGGUGGAACAAAAGAAAAUUGCCUCAUCUGAGGGAAAUGUGAUUUCUGACUCCCGUAAGCCAAGUGGUUACUCGCAGCAACCUUUAGCAUCUCGAGCUGAAGUCUGCCCUUGGGAGUUUGACACACCAGAUUUACCAAAUGCAGAAAGAAGUGUAGCUUUAUCAAACACCUCUGCUAUAAGUGCAAAUAAAACAGCAACACCUCGAAAAUAAGAGGCUUUUGGACUGAGGAAAGUAGCAACACUGAGAAGAAAGACAACAAGAAAGACAAAAGGAACUUAGGCCAAAAGGAUCUGAAAAUUCCUAAGGAGCAACACUUAAAAGGAAUCAGCACAACAAGUAGGAAUUAAGCAAAACAAAUUAUUAUUAUUGUUGUUAUUAUUUAUUUGUUGAGUGCCAACAAUGUGAUUAGCAGUGCCCAGAAUGUGGUCCCUGCUCCAAGGAUUUUACUGUGUCAUUGAAAGAAACUUGCCUUUCUGAAAUCACUUCUCCUUUAAAAGAAAAAUAAACAAAACACCAAAAGUUGGUAACAAACGCACACUGUAAAUCUUAACAGAAUUAUUUCUGAAUGUCGCAGCUGGCUUUAACUUGCCCUUGGGACUUUAAGGAUCCAACAGAAGUAGGGUGUAGAAAAUGUCCUGAUGGCAGAAAGGAGUAUCAGUGAGCAGCUCUCAAAAUGACGACUUUUCACUUUGCGUAUUUAAUCUCAAUAGCACUGCUAACUCAAUGCAUCCCAAAAACACAUUUUAUAUAAUGGUUGCUCUCAUUUUCUUAUUACUGUGUGUUUAAGUACAUUGUUGUGUCUCAUAUUAAAGCAUUCCAGAUUGUAUAAUUUUUGCAAAUACCUUUGAUAUUAUGUGACACAACACAUUUAUGCAAUCUGUGAUACUUUUUUCUUAUUGCAACUUAAAAUACCUGCUAUAGACUUUUUGUUUAUAUAUAGAAUUACAGUAAUUGUUCACUGGCUGUGGAAGCCAGUAACUCUCAUUGGGAAAUUCCGUUGGGGUUUGGGAAUUUUUUUUUUUCCUGUGAUUUAUAUAGUGCACUUUUUGUUUUACUCUCUGUUAUUUAAAUUUAUAGUUUGAUACUGUAUUAUUCAGGGGUUUUAUACACAGCAAGUUACUUGUUAUGCACUUCCCUAUUAAUGCUCAUAGACUUUGCUAAUAGUGCAAAUCCAGUCGUCUUAGCUGCAUAUUCUGGUAAGUCUUAGGACAACUUAUCCGUUGUUUGUUACAAAUUGGAAAAUAUAGUUUAAGAAACCAGAAUACCAACUCUAAACAUCCAUGAGGGUGAUGUUGUUCAGUAUUUCAUACUGGGCAUAUCCUACUACAUGAGACAGGCAAGAAUGACAGCGAAUAUACCCCAGAAAUGAUGACCUGAUUUACUAAAACUGGACAACUCUGGGAAAUUUAUCAGCUAGCUAACAACAGUUUACUGUCUAUCUCUGUUGGCAAACCUCCAGAAACUGGCCUUUGGAGAUACACAAGUCAGGAGAGAAGUCCGAAAUAUUACUCUUUCCUAUACUGGCAGUGGCAAGAGAUAGUAGGAAUGAAGAUGAUGAGCAUCUCUCUCCCACUCUCCAAAUGCUUUUUUUUUAAUUUACACAUACAUGUAUGGAAACAGUUACUGUUUUAAUGUAGCUCUGAUUUUCAGUAAUGGCUAAAGCCGUCGUCCUGCAUUUGGCUUAAUUCAGUAAUGGCCCAUUUACAACUAUGAGUCUUGGUGCAAAAACACUCAUGGUACACCACCAGGGCCUAGGAGGUAUCAUGGAGAAUCUGUGUACCGCUAAUAAUAAAAAUUAGGUUCCACCCUCACCCAUCUAAAUUUAGUACCAGUGAAGUGCUAUUCAGUGGAAUUGGCUGUACAAGGAGUACUCCAAAAUAAAGACAGCUCAGUCCUAAAGAACUUGUGCAAUCUGAGAGAAGUGAUGGGAUUCGCUGGAAGAUGAAUGAGGAUGAUUGAAUAGAAUGUGUUGUUUAAUAUAUAUAUAUAAUAUAUAUAAAAUAGAUAUUUAUAUAUGUUUAAUAUAUAUUUAACUUGUCAUAUCUAAUACACACAUGCACAUAUACGUAUGUAGUAUAAACUGAUUUUUGUGGCAUCAUAGAAAAAGUGGCUUAAGAUAAAAUGUGAUGAUUGGAGGGACUCAGAUGAGCUAGGCAUGAAGAGGACAUUUUUUGUCCUUUGAAAAAGACAGAAGAAUAUGGGCAUGUCUACACUAACAGCUAGGACAGAUCUUCCUACUGCCUCUGCUGAGCCCAAACCCAGAACAUGCAGAUGCUGAGCCAGCUGGAGACGAGUCAGCUCAGGUCUCGGUGCUGUCUGAACACAUUGGCCUCACUCAUAAAUUCUGUCAAGACUCAGAGCUUGUGAGCUCCAGGUUAUGGUGGCCAAACUGCCACAACCAGCCUGGCAAGGUGGGAUGGUGCUUUGUUCCACCAUAGGGACAUGCCCCCUGAGCAGUCCUGCCUCUCCCAACCCUUUUUUCUAGGGUGCAGUUACGGCCUAGAUCUGGUCUCUGCCUUCAACACACAUCUUCUUGCCAGGACUCUGAUUUGGCCAUCUGUGCACAUGUUUUGCCCACACAGUGCCAGUGGUGUUCCAUGUGCAGCCCAAAUCCAGCUUGCUACUUAUUUUGUAAAAGGAUUGAAUUCAGAAUCUACAUGCCCAACUUCCCCCUUCCCCAUCCAGGCAUUCACAGAACAACUUUGGGAUUUGAUCAGCUGGAACAGUUCCCUGUACACUUCCCUGCGUGGGAAGAAAUCCAUCCUGGGAACGCUUUCAGGGAGUCCUGCAGGUGCACGCUAACGCUCCCCAGAUAGAUGCACAUCUUCAAACUUGUUGAGCAUGGUGACAAUACUCGAGAGUGGAAGAAGAUCGUGCAGAAUGACCAGGAGGUGAUUGGGGAAGGAGAACAGUUUAUGGCAAAUUGUCCUUCCAAACAGAAGGCAGUGCUUUGUUGAAGCCAGGCGUUGAGAUUAGAAGUGGACAUCUGUAAGAGGGUCAUGAAAGGAGACUUUUGUACAUCCUCACUGCCUCUUUGAGACAGACGGUCAGCAGGGGCCAGUUCUGAUGCCUGCAGUUGUCCUCCCUCCUUCACCUCAAGGAGGCUGCUGCUUGGAGCAUGGUGCAGCAUCCGUAGGGCACCUGCCCCAGCCGUGUGGCACCGCUGUCCCUUGCAGCACUGAGCCCUUCAUGUAUGGCUGUGUCUGAGCCACCACUCUGUCUAUGAUUCCUUGUUCAUUUUGUUUUUCCUUUCUUUUUGAAGACAACCUCACUGGAAGUACAGAAGCAAAGUGCACUCCUUAGUUGGGUUAACUCAGCCCAGCUGCACUGGCCGCAGCAGAACAAAGGCUGGUUGACCAGGGAAAGCACUGGCUUGUGUAUUUGGUUUGGUUUGGUUUUCUUUCAUCCUGACCCCUUCCUUCACUUCUUAAAAAAUGGCUGUUAUGGUUCUUUAGGCUUGUUGUAAUCAUACAUCCUGACUGGUACAAUUGGAGAACUUUCCUUCAGAAAGCAACAAAGCUUUAGCAACUGAUAUCUGGGCUACAGAUUCAAUUGCUACUUUAGAUUUCUUUGCACUUAAGAAAGAGGGGCCAAACUUCACUCGACUACUAUAUUUCACUAUGAUGCUGCUAGAAACAUUGCUUAAUGAAGACAUACUAAGUUAGACAUAAAUAAUGUUCGGUAUUUCAUAGAUUUUUCUCCACCAGCAUAUAUUGGCUAGAUUGCUUAGUUGUCUUUUUCUGGAGUUUCAUUGUCAUUACUCAGCCAAGAGAAGUGUGACUCUAGAAUUAAGAUGUUUUCUAGCAGAUCUGUUAAGAGAAAAGAUAAUAAACACUAAGGUCACAAACAUUUGCUAGGUUGUCCUUUUAAAUGCAUGUGCAAGCUGCAUUUCUCCUUUAUUUCUAAGCCAUGGUUUAUAAAUAAAUUUAUACCAACCUUAUUAGACUUGUAUAAUUUAUGCAAGAUUAUAUGCUUCAAAAUAAAAAUCAGUACACGCCUAUCAUCAGCUUUGGUGGCAUCAUAGGCCUGAAACCAGACAAUACUUUUGUAUUUGCUCUCCUUAGGCUUUUGCAUGCAUAUGACAACAGGCAGGCCUGAGAAAACACUGCCUUUUGACUUUCAACAUUUUAGCUACUCCGAGUUGUAGAGUACAUAAAGCUGUAAGUCUCUUCACUUUAUAACGUGAUUCUUAUAACAAUGUUAUCUGGCUACCAACAGCAUCCACCAUGAAAUACUUGAUAGAUUUAUGUUGUAAUGUGUUGCAGCAUGUAAAUAAUGUAACUUCUCUGCAAUAAAGCACAUUUAUAUGAAA